CUGGCCUUUGAUUGUCUCUGCACACAGGGACAGGGAGGCAGCACUUACUGGCCUUAUUGAGCUGAACUGGUAAACUUGGUAAACUUUUGACUCAAGCUUUUUGUGUGUCAUUCUUGUAUAAUGUCAUGGCGAUGGUGCUGUCUUAAAUAAGUGUGAGCGUGUGGUGUGAGAGAGAGAGAGAGAGCAGCCACAGGGUGAAAGACUCUAGACUAAAAGAUGAGCGCCACUCCACCCACAUCCAUCCGAGUCCAAACUGAGGGGGAGGAGACACGGUUGAGCGCUUACUAUGUUAAUAACCAACAUUUUACAGUUGCCUGUUGUCAGAAGAAGCUGCUAGUCAACUCUGCUCAAAAUAAGGUUAUGCACGUCAAGUGCUUCAUGGCUGAUCACAUUGAAGAGGAAUGGGAAGUGUAAUAAUUCCACCCAGUUGGGACAACAAUGACUUCCCAUGUGAAACUUAGAAAAGACAAGUUUGGAAUAGUAGACUACGACAUACAAAUCAAAGAGGUGCGAUGCCAGCUCAUAGACCAGCUGAAAGUGUUAGACCUGCAGCUUGAACAGAAGAGCCAGCAACUUCAAGACCUCACAGAGUAUCUGAGGAGAAGGGGGGAGAUUGAAAAUGAAUACGCGAGGUCGCUGGACAAACUUGCUGAAAGAUUCACUUCAAGAAUCAAAAGAAAAGACCCAAGCAACCAUUCAGUGAGCAACAGUUGGGUUGCUCUUCUGUCCCAAACUCGAAAAGAAAGUAAGGACCACAACCUACUGAGUGAGACCUGCAGUACUUUCAUUAUUCAGCCUCUCAGUCACUGCCUAGAAUACACGCAGCGCCUAGCCAAAAAGAGUCGGGAUAUUUGCACAAGUUUACAGGAUGGCCUACUCAAAGUCACCACGGAGAUGCAGACUGCCUGGCGGACAUACUACCAGUACCACUCUGAUUAUGUGAGCGCAGAGGGGAAGUUGAAAGAGGCAGAGAAACAAGAGGAGAAGCACAAGACUGGAGCCAAGAAACUAGAGCGGUUGAUAGAAAAAAGGCAGAGUAAGGUAAAAGACAUCUACUUGAAGUGCAGUAAGGCCAGAAACGAUUACCUUCUGAACCUCUCUGCAGCCAAUGCCUCCAUGAAUAAGUACUAUCUCCAGGACAUCUCCACUCUUAUAGAUUGUGCUGACACUGGGUACCACCUCACUCUGUCCCGGGUAAUGCAGGCCUACCUCUCCAGUCGGGAGAAGGCCCAACAGAACCUUACCACUGGACUCCAGCAGCUCCAGGACGUGGUGUCUGCCCUGGACCAGAGCCAUGACCGGGACACUCUCCUCCAGGACCACUAUAACGCCUUCUCCAUGCCCCUGCGCUUCAACUAUCAGCCCCACGAUGGAGACCAGGUUACUGAAGUGAGUGCAGAGAGUGAGAUGAUCUGUGAGCUUGACACCAGAUUCAAACAGAUUCAAACCAGGCUCAAAGCACUGACUGAUGCCACAGAGGAGGCUAGUAAAAACAUGUCUGCAGCCCAGGCAUUGUUCAUUGACUGUAUAUGUGAAGAUGACCUGGAGCUCAGUGCACUGUCUCAUGAGAGCAGCUCAGAGAGUGUUUCUGUCCGGCCCAGUGUGGCCCGCCGUAAAGCCAGCUUGCAGGAGCUGGAGACUGUUUACUUCACUAGAGUGAAAGACUUUCUCGUGAACACUUCCCUUGUUUCUAAACUGCAAGCUAAACAUGACUUGCUUAAAGUAGCCUUGGAAAAAGCCGAACCAACCAAUGGACAUCAGCCAAGACACAAAUUCAUGCGUGUGAGAAAGAAUCCCUCCAGUGCAAAUCUGAUGCACAAUCAAAAACUUUUUAAGGGUGACAUGCUGUCGUUCAUCAAGGCUUCAGGCCAACAGAUACCAAUAGUUGUUGAAAGCUGUAUUCGCUUUAUUAAUCUGAAUGGCCUUCACCAUGAGGGCAUAUUCCGGGUUCCAGGAUCCCAAAUGGAAGUGAACAAUCUGAGGGAUGCGUUUGAGCAAGGAGAGGAUCCCCUGACUGUACAGAGGUACAACCUGGACUCAGUGGCUGGAGUUCUGAAGCUGUACUUUCGAGGUCUGACAAAUCCACUGUUUCCUAUUGAGAGUACAGGCCAACUACUGGAGUAUGCACAAAUAAAGAAUGAAGCUGAGAGAGCAGCUCAGCUUAAGACAGUUGUUACUUCUUAUCCAGAACCCAUCAUCGUUGUCAUGAGAUACCUUUUUGCAUUCCUUCAUCAUGUGUCUCAGUACAGUGACGAGAACAUGAUGCAGCCGUACAAUCUGGCUGUGUGUUUUGGCCCAAGUCUUGUGCGUGGGGAAAAUGAGGACGAUGUGGUCACACUGCAGCCUCAGAUCAAUGACCUUGUGAAGAGCAUCAUCCUUCUGCAUGAGCUGAUCUUCCCCAGUCAGUGUGAAGUCCCUGGGCCCAUCUACGAGAAGUGCAUGACUGAGGAGGAUGGCUGUGAACCUGUAAUGGAAGAAGAGGGAGAAGCUGUAGAAACACCCCAAGGUACAGAUUAUUCAGAUGUGGGUCUCUCACUUGAUCAGACUUCUGUGCCACUUCAGAAAAAGGCAGAUAGACCCAGAGCCAACAGUUGUGCUUCAAGUGAGCAAAUCAAGAAGGCAGCAGCGUCAGCAGGGGGCAGCAUUGCUUCAAGUGGAAAAUUUCUUCAAAUUCCAUUAGGACCUCAACACAGGCCAAGACGUGUCCACUCACCUGGAUUUGUAAGCAGAGAAUUACGUGAAAGUGUAUCCAGUGAAGAUAUUGUACAGCUAGACAAGGAUAUCUGUCGUCAGAUGGACUCAGUCUUCAAGGAGCUUCUCGCUCGACAAGCCUCACAGGAUCCACCCAGCACCACCUUCUCUCCCUCUGCCCAAGCUCUCCAGAGGAAAGGGAGGCGGGUGAGAGGAGCAGGCCUGUUUAAGUCUGCAGACCCUGUGGACUGAAGUGGCUGACUCCAUAGAUGACAAGACGGAUGAUACAAAUGUAAACGGAGGUGUAAGGUGACUGCUCUGACAGCGGCUUUCAGCACAUGUAUUUUUAGACAACUAAGAUCACUGAGCCCCUACUUGUCUUUUCAUGAGGAGUCUACCUUCUUAGAAGCACUUUGACUGAACCUCGUGCAACAACAGACCCUGUCCAUUGAUUAUCUGCAGACCAAUGCACAAAACUGGAUUACUUGAAAUGCAUUUUUAAAAAAUCAGUCACCAAAUGUUAUCAUUCUUAGUCCUGAAUCUUGUACUUGCCUUGAUAUGAACCAAAAUGUUUAACUUGCUAACCAUCUCAAUAAUUAGCAGUUUGUCUGAGUACCAUAAAAUAAAUAUGUUGUUUAUACUGA